UUGAGCCAACUUUAAAACACGUGAGCCGCAGUCCUUAACCCAAACACUAUAAACUCACAAGUGGGGAGAUGUAAGGAGUAGAGCGCGCCAAAAUGUCAAUUUGUUGUAAUUUUAAGAUAUCUACUGUCCUCGCCCGUUCUUAUUCACUUCCGAUUUUCAUCAAACACUUGACGUCCACAAAAACAACAACAACAUUCUACAAUCUAUCUAAUAAGAAAACCCUAACUACUUGCAGAAGUUCAAUCUCUACAAACCACAUUGAAACCCUAACUUCCCCACAGAAAGAGCAGAUUUCUCUUUAUGUUGAUGCUCUUUUGGAAUGGAACCAGAAAAUGAACCUAACCGCUGUUACAGAGAGAAAUGAGGUGAUGGACAGGCAUGUUGAAGAUUCACUUGCAAUAAUCCCUCCAAUCCAGAGUUUUUAUCUCUCUCAUUGCAAUUCUUCAUGUGAUAAUCUCAACCUUGUCGAUGUUGGAAGCGGUGCUGGUCUUCCUGGACUCAUAUUCGCUAUUGCUCGCCCAGAUUGGAAGGUUACACUACUGGAAUCCAUUAAUAAAAGAUGUCUCUUCUUGGAGCAUGCCAUUAGUGUUACUGGGUUGUCGAAUGUGGAAGUUUUACGUGCAAGAGCUGAGUAUUUAGAUCAAGCAAUCCAGUACCGCAGUACUAUUUCUGGGUCUCUAUUUUCUUUCAUUUUGAGCUACCAUAUUUCGUACCUUGAUAUCGGACAGAGUGCUGGCCACAGCCCUGAGUGCAGAGAGGUGUUUGAUGUAGCAGUUGCAAGAGCUGUCGCAGAAAUGCGAGUUUUAGCUGAAUACUGCCUUCCCUUGGUUCGUGUUGGUGGUUUAUUUGUAGCAGCAAAGGGUCAUGAUCCCCAGGAGGAGGUUAAGAAUGCAGAAAAAGCAAUUGGGAUGUUAGGAGCUUCCAUGUUACAGAUGCUCGCAGUGGAAUCACACAGCCCAUAUGGACAAAGAACUGCAGUUUUUUGCUCAAAAGACCGUCUUACUCCGAAGAAGUAUCCACGGGAACCCGGAACUCCAGCUAAGGAAAUUGCUAGCAGAUUCAUCGAAAAGAAACAGAGAAAUGCUAAACCUUCUUGGCAACUACAUUAUGAUAAAGUUUUAUGACCUAAGACAUCUAUUUGUUUGAUACGCCCUAUUUUAAAUUCAAGAUUAACUAAGAUGUUUGAGUUCCUUGACCUUUUCUGCCACUUUUUAAAAUUAUUUUAAA